UAACAGAGCAAAAUUUCCUGGAAGACUUGAUGUUGUAGCUUUUUAAUUUUUUUUUUUAUAACAGGAGAAAUCAUAAUCAGUGUAGUGCAAAGUAAUGAUUUUGGAGUUACAGAUCUGAUUUUGUAAUGACAGAUUUUAAGCUGUCAUGUACUCUCUUUUGUGUCUUACUAUCCUUAUCUGUAAAAUAUGAAUUAAAUAAUACAUUUUACUGUACUUACUGAUGUCGUGUGUUUGUACUUAGGUGGCGAUUUAUAUAAAGGAAGCCUUGGGACUUGUUGUGACCAUACCCUCCAAGCAAAAAAAAUGGAGCAACCAUCUGUGCUAUGUGAGGAAGAACAAGAGCCGGAACCACAGAAAAGCGUAAAAGAAACCACACAAGUGAAUGAUGAAGAUUCUGAACUGAUCUUUGUUGGGGUGGAACAUGUAAAUGAAGAUGCUGAGCUGAUCUUCGUUGGCGUCACUUCACAAUCAAAACCAGUCGUUUCAACCAUUUUGAACAGAGCCACCCCAGGUUCAUAUUCACGGAGGAGAAAGUAUGGUCACCUCAGACAAGAUCCUCCUUGCAGUAUCUCGCAGCCUUCAAGUCAUAUGACCCCAGCAUCAAAAGUGGCGACUCUCUCACCAGUUUCUCCAUCUGAAGUGAGAUCAACAGAUAGUCCUAUUAUUAUUGAGCCCUCGUCUAAUCCUGAUUAUAAAAAUAACUCGCCACAAGUCAAGCCUAAUAGCGCUUCGGAGUUAUGCUCUCCUUUGAUUAGGUUCACAAGUUCAUUGCAGCAUCCAGGAGGAGCAGCAUUUUCUGUAGGAGGUGUGAAUGAAGGGCGUCGUGUGUCAAAGCAACUUUCCACUUCCGAAGUGAACAGCACAAAUCCCAAAAGGCCUAAACUCAGUGAUGGAGUCCCAGGGGGACAUUCUUUAGCUUUGUCCUCCUUAGGUAUCUCUCCUACAAGGAACGUGCAGCAAAAUAUACCCUCAAAAGAUAUUUAUACCUCACUAAGCCGUGUUCAGAAUAGAGCACCUUUUCCAACAGCUUUUCCAAAGGACAGUGCCAAUUUUAAGACCUUAAAUCUGGAUAGAGAAAACGGGGGACGGGCAAAAACAGACUUUUCAAGAAUAGCAAGUGAAAACAAGACCUUUGAUUCCCAGGAAGGAAACCUGAUUGUGUUACUUCCUGACUUCUACUAUGGACAUAGUGAAGGAAAUGGGCAGCCAGAAGAGAAGACUUUUACAAACUUUAAGUGCCUCAGCUGCCUGAAAGUUCUAAAGAAUGUGAGGUUUAUGAACCACAUGAAACACCAUUUGGAACUCGAGAGGCAGAGGAGUAACAGCUGGGACAGCUACACCAUCUGCCAGCACUGCAACCGGCAGUUUCUCACUCCCUUCCAACUGCAGCGCCACAUUGAAAGUGUGCACGUCAGCCAGGACCCCUCCACGGUUUGUAAAAUCUGCGAGCUGUCAUUCGAAACAGACCACGUUCUCUUACAACACAUGAAGGACACACACAAGCCAGGUGAAAUGCCCUAUGUGUGCCAAGUUUGCAAUUACAGAUCGUCGGCCUUUGCUGACGUGGAAACCCAUUUUAGAUCCCGCCAUGAAAACACUAAGAAUUUGCUUUGUCCAUUUUGUCUCAAAAUUUUCAAAACUGCAGUACCCUACAUGUGUCAUUAUACGGGGCACAGGGAAAAGAGCGUUCACCAGUGUUCCAAAUGCCGACUACAGUUUUUGACCUUCAAGGAGAAAAUGGAGCAUAAGACCCAGUGUCAUCAAAUGUUUACGAAGCCUAAGCAACUACAAGGAUUACCGCCUGAAACAAAAGUUGUUAUUCAGGUGUCGCCAGCACCUCCUCAUCUGGGAUCAGCAGGAGUGGCAUCCAUCACUGUGAGUUCGUCUGAACUGCCACCCCUGGGCCUAAAAGAAUUGCCAGGAAAACCCAUUAAUUCUAGUUUGUGUAAAUCUCAAGGGUUUCAGUCCAAGUCAAAAGCCCCAAUAAAGCGAAAACCACAAAGCGCACAUUUGUCGAUAGCACCAAAUGAAUAG